AAACACUGUCUAUUGCCGUAAUGUAACUCUAGAGUGACAUGUUAUAUAAGAUUUUACAUGUAACAUAAACAUUGUUGCAACAAAACCAGUACAAUGAACAACUAUGAAUAUUAUACUACAUAACUGUUACAUUUCAUUUACUACACCGUAACGUAACUUUUAAAAAUAAUUUGUAUAGCAAAUAUGUAACACACUUACGUUGUGGUUAUAUGUUAAAUAAGUAAGUUCAAUUUAUAUUAAAAAUAAAUAUACCGUCAACGUAAGUUAGUUACGAUAUUACUGUAUAACCAGCAGUUCAUAGAUGCAAUAUAACAUAAAUGUAGCUACGUUACUACGUUCAUAAUUCUGUUUUUCCCACCCGGGCAACAGAACAAAAAAGUUUUAGGUUAGCUUGUGUUUUAACCUGGUUUUAACUCGUGUCUCGUGUUAUUUUUAUUAUUUUGUUUGUUUUGUGUUCAUUUAUAUUUCGAUUAUUAUCAGAAUGUCUUAUGCUGUUGUCUCAUUUAUCCGAGAACACAGUGAAGAUGAGGAUGAGGAAGAUUCCACCUCGGAGGUUCCGAUGUCAUGGCUGAGUGAAAGUAAUACAAAAUGUUGGUGGCCAGUGCAUAGCAAAAAUGUGACUUCUUUAAUUAAGAGGAUGGUACCACCAAAUCCUGACAAGUGGGUUCUUGAAAAUGUUAAAGUGGAAGCGUUGGAAGUGUCUUUAGAAAGAGCUAGAAAACUAAGUACAGAUUGCAAUUAUGUGUCUACCGACGAGGGAGAGAAAGGACGCGGAAAACGAAAAGUAAUUCAACCAACAAGGUUCGUAGUUUCAGACGAAGAUGAAUUAGCAGUUCCAGUUUCUUCUAAAAACUGGAGAAAAUUUACAAAUGUUUCCUUACCUCCACAACUCCCCAUCGGUGUUUCCACUUAUAAUUUUUCUUCGCCAAGUCCUUUGACAGCACAAAAUGCAAUAACUACAGAGGAAGAUAUUCAGACAAUGCCGGUUAUUUUUUCUGAUAUUUCAACAAAUCUUGAAUUAGAAGAUUAUAGACAUGUUGACGCAGAAGUUGUAGUCAUACCAAAUAGAGUGGUACAAAACCAAUCAGCAGAUUUUCGUACUCCGGCCUCGCACGAAACAAACAAACAUAUUGAUGGUUUAAGUGAAUCUAAUAUAACAGAAGACACAAUUAGUAGCCGCAUGAUUCAGGAACAUUUUCAAAAAAUAUCCAGGAUCAUGGGACUAUUGAUAGAUCCCUGUGGAAGCCCCUCAAAAACAUAUCUAGGGCCUAUAAAUUGA